UUUGAAUGCAGGAAUUUAAAUAAUAAUAAAUAAAUAAAUUCUUUUAACUUUGUUAAAUUUGUAAAAAAUCAAUCAUCAUGUAUAACGAUGGAUUAUGAAUUUAAAGAAAAAUUGGCUCAAGAACGAGCCAAAGUGGAAGAUUUAUUCGAAUAUGAAGGCUGUAAAGUUGGUCGUGGUACCUAUGGUCAUGUAUAUAAAGCUCGACCAAAAGAAAGUAACGAUGAUCGGGUAUAUGCGUUAAAACAGAUUGAAGGUAGUGGCAUAUCCAUGUCAGCUUGUCGUGAAAUUGCCCUACUUCGAGAAUUGAAACAUGUAAAUGUGAUAAAUUUACAACGUGUUUUCCUAUCACAUGCUGAUCGAAGAGUAUGGUUAUUAUUCGAUUAUGCUGAACACGAUCUAUGGCAUAUAAUUAAAUUUCAUCGUAGCGCUAAAGCAAAUAAAAAAACCGUACACGUACCAAAAGGAAUGGUUAAAUCAUUAAUCUAUCAGAUUUUAGCCGGUAUUCAUUAUCUACAUUCCAAUUGGAUACUUCAUCGUGAUUUGAAACCAGCCAAUAUUUUGGUCAUGGGUGAAGGACGUGAACGGGGCCGUGUAAAAAUAGCUGAUAUGGGUUUUGCUCGAUUAUUCAAUAAUCCAUUGAAACCAUUAGCAGAUCUUGAUCCAGUGGUUGUAACAUUUUGGUAUCGUGCACCUGAAUUAUUAUUAGGUGCACGACAUUAUACGAAAGCCAUUGAUAUAUGGGCAAUCGGUUGUAUAUUUGCCGAAUUAUUAACUUCAGAGCCAAUAUUUCAUUGUCGUCAAGAAGAUAUUAAAACGAAUAAUCCAUAUCAUCAGGAUCAAUUAGAUCGGAUAUUCAAUGUGAUGGGUUUCCCUAUGGAUAAAGACUGGGAAGAUAUUAAAAAGAUGCCCGAAUAUAAUCAAUUACAAAAAGAUUUCAAAAAACAACCUUAUACCAAUUGUUCACUAGUGAAAUAUAUGGAUAAACACAAAAUAAAAUCCGAUACACGAGCCUUUGUGCUCUUGUCACGUUUAUUGUCGAUGGAUCCCACCAAAAGAAUUACAUCGGAACAGGCGAUGCAAGAUCCAUAUUUUAGUGAAGAUCCUGAACCAACUCAAGAUGUAUUCAAUGCAAUGCCUAUACCAUAUCCUAAACGUGAAUUUCUUACCGAUGAAGGAAAUGAAGAUAAUCAUAAUAAUCAAGCCAAUCAUGGUCAAGCUAAUCAACAGAAUCCUGCUGCAGUUGCGGCAGCCGCUGCUGUUGUAGCUGCAGCUGCUAAUAAUAAUCAACAGAAUCAAGGUGUCGGGCAGAAACAAGGACCGCCUGGUCAAUCAGGGCAUCAUGGUCAAUCAUCAUCAGAUAUGGUAUCGAAAAGUGGGCAACAAUCAGGACAAUCACAGCAACAAAAUCAACAUGGUAAUCAUGGUGGGGGAGGACAUGGCCAUGGACCAAUGGGACAUCAUCAUCAUUCAUCUAAUCAUCCAACAAAUAAAAUGUCUAUGAGUCAUCAUCAAAGUCAACAACAUCAUGGACAAUCUAGUAGUAUGAUGCAUGGUGGUGGAGGAGGACAUGAUCCUCAUCAUAGUUUACCAUCAGCUAAACGUGUACGUUUGGGGCCUGGUGGAAUGGGACAAGGACCACCUCCGAAUACAUCAUUGUUCGGUAAUAAUGGAACAAAUAGCCAAAGCGGUAAAGGUGGUGGACAUCAAUAUAAUCAACGUUAUUAAUUAAGACACAACUUUUAUUGAAUCAAUAUUUAUCGAAACGAAAAUCGUGAUUUCCGCUAAAAAAAUUUCAUUUCGAAUAAAUCACGUAUCAUGUCAUA